UUUUGAAAAUAAUUAAAAAAUUAAAAAUAAAUAAAAAUAUUUUAAAUUUAAUAUUUAUUAAACUGUAACAUUGGAUAACUUAAGAGAAAUGAUGCUCCACGAGGCAGCAGUCAUGCUGGAAUUAUACCGGCAAGCAGCGAUACAGGCCAGUGAGAUGGCCAGCCCAAGAUGUCAAUCACGUGAAUCAUCAUCCGGAGGUGGUCGAUGCCCAUCAGACGAAUCAAUGCAUUCGGGGCGUGGUUUGCCACAAUUACCUGUAAGUCCAGUAGGCUUAGCAUUACCGCCAAAUUUGCCGCCAGCUGCAGCGGCUUUGCUUCCUCAACACUCUGCUGCCAUGGCUGCUUACCUUGUGGCGGCACAACAAAAUCAACUAAUUGCUGCGGGAUUAAGAGCGCGUGCUGGCUCUCCAAAUCUCUUGCGAAUUCCAUCGCCUCUUGGCGGCGACUCAGGCAUCCUAGAUUUUAGCAAAAAGGCACGAUCCAGUGAUAGUAGUGAGAAUGAGAAUGAAAACGAUAAUGCGAGUGAUCACGAUGAUAACGAUAGUGUUGUUAACUUAAGCGGCAAAACGGAAGAUGAUCCUCUUGACUUGUCUUGCAGUAAUCGCAAACGUCCCUCGGAUAGUGUUUCGCCGCCUCCUGUGCGAAAAAUGAUGCGAAACGAUUACAAACCAAUUGUAUCGCCAUGGACUUCACCCGUUACUCCGACACUUCCGUAUUUUGCUCAAGCUGUCGCCGCAAUGUCACCUAAACAGCCAAACCAUCAAAACGAAUGGAAUGGCAAACACAGCAAAAAUCAAGGAGGCACAAAUGAAGCUGCCAAAGCUCUUGAAAAAAUGUCAGAACUCAGUCGUCUUGGAGGCGAUGAAGUUUAUAGACCACGUGAAACUUCUUCGUCAACUAGCGGAAGUGGUCCGGGAGGAAGACACAGUGCAUGGCAAAGUCAUUGGUUAAACAAAGGAGCUGAUACAGCAAAAGAUGUUCUCAAAUGCGUAUGGUGCAAACAAAGUUUCAGUUCAUUAGCUGCCCUAACGACACACAUGAAAGAAACCAAACAUUGUGGCGUUAGUGUUCCUCCGCCAUCAGAUAACUCUCGUUCUAAUGCUCCCGAACGAUCUCCCGCUUCAGCUGGUUCAAGUUCAAACGUUCGCGAAAAAGAAACUAACCUCAAUUUACUCAUCAAAGAAACGAUGCCAUUGCCCCGUAAACUCGUACGUGGUCAAGAUGUGUGGUUAGGCAAAGGCGCCGAACAAACGCGUCAAAUUCUCAAAUGCAUGUGGUGUGGUCAAAGUUUCCGUACAUUAGCAGAAAUGACGACGCACAUGCAACAAACACAACAUUACACAAAUAUCAUCUCACAAGAGCAAAUAAUUUCGUGGAAAUCGAGUGAUGGCGAAAAAGGCGGCGGAAAUGGAGGCGGAAGCGGCGGAUCUGGAUCGGGAAGUGAAAGUUCAGCUGGUCCAAAUCCUCCCGUUAACACAUCGAGCACCGUUAGUGCUGUUCUUACAUGCAAGGUAUGUGAUCAAGCGUUCUCCUCGCUGAAGGAACUCAGCAAUCAUAUGGUCAAAAAUGCCCAUUACAAGGAACACAUUAUGCGAUCAAUUACGGAAAGCGGAGGGCGUCGUCGUCAAACACGCGAAAAACGAAAGAAAUCUCUGCCGGUACGAAAGUUGCUGGAAUUAGAACGAGCCCAACACGAUUUCAAAAAUGGUCAAGUAAGUCCCGGACCGGGAAAACCCCUUGGCGAUAUGAGUGCAGGUCGUAUUACGUGUGAAAAGUGCAAUGAAAAAAUCGAAACUUCAGUUUUUGUGGAUCACAUAAGACAAUGUGUUGGCGGAGUCCCAUUAACGCCAUCGCAAAAAUUGAAAAGUAAUUUGCUGUCAAAUAGUAUUAUUCCGCCAGAUAGUGUAAGUCCCGUGCCAAGUAGCGGUCGAAAGAGUACGGGAGAUGACAUGAGUUCUCCCGGACUUCGACAAAAAUCUCCAACCGAUAUGUCAUCCAAUAGUGGCAAAGAUAACAAAAGUUCCUCUCCAUCUGUCUUGAAUGCUAUCGAACAACUUAUCGAGAAAAGUUUUGACACAAGAUCACGUCAUACCAACACCCUCAGUAAUGCUGGAAGUCAAAGUACGACUCCAUUGGGCGCAAGUAUUCUCAAACGACUCGGCAUCGAUGAGAGUGUCGACUACACAAAACCUCUCAUGGAUGCCCAAACUAUCGGCUUGUUGCGUCACUAUCAAUACGGAACGCCAUAUCGUGGUCGAGAACGCAGCGGAAGCGAAAGUAGUUCAAUUUCGGAACGAGGCAGUAGUCGCAUCGACUCACUUACGCCCGACAAGAAGUUCGAUACGUCAAGUCAUGGCAUGACGCCACGUGCAACGCCAGACAAGCACAGUGAACGUGACGAAAAUAGCGAAGACGAAAAGCAACACGUGAAUGUGAAGAAAGAAAUUACGACAGACGAUGAGGAUGACGACUUGCCCUUGAAGCGAAACAAGAACAAGGAAAACGAAGCCAAUGACUUGAAAAUUAAGAAGGAAAAUAACGACGAUGCACACGACGAGAACAAACGUAGAAAUAGUCAAUCCGUUUCAAGUCCAAGCCCGAGUCCUCGUUUAAACAGCAGCAAUGCAAGUGUGCCAUUAAGCCCAGCGACAAGUCCUGCAAUUUCCGAUUCGCAUACGCCACGUUCAACGCCUGGACCUGUCGAUGCAUCUUCAAAGAAAAACAGUAGCAGUAGCUUGGGAGCACUUUCGUCGAUGUUUGAUUCGCUCACGAACUCCAAUCUCAAGGCAAAUACUCCAAGCGAUAUGUCAGCAUCAGGCACAGGCAAAAAAACUAACGCUCAUCCCCUUGCCGCCCUUCAAAAGCUCUGCGACAAAACGGAAAAUAAUCGCAACAGUACAGCUGGAGGUGCGCAAUCGAGUCCCUUGAUGUCGACAAGUCAAUCGCGCGGCGGUCCUGCUGGCGGAAUUCUCGCCUUUAGUUGGGCCUGUAACGAUGCCCUGCAAGGAGAUGAUGCCGCAAUUAAAUGUGCCUAUUGUGAUACGACAUUCAACAGCAAAGGCGCCUACCGUCAUCACUUGUCCAAAGUUCACUUUAUGAACGAAGAAAGCAUGGAACAGUCGACGAAGAAUCUCGUCAAAUCAGAACCGCAUUCGCCUCUUUCACCGAAAAAUAGUAACAACAGUAAUGCAAGCAGUGGCAAUGGUCAAGCCUCGGGACAUCGACCUGAGAGCAAGGAACGCCCGAAUCUCGAUGAAGAUGCAAAAAGUCCAUCCAUUCCGCCGACAUCUACAACCCCAUCUAGCUUCCAAGACGAAAGCCCGCACUCGAAAUUCUUAAAGUACACGGAACUUGCCAAACAAUUAUCGUCCAAAUAUGUCUGA